AGAGACUGAGAUACCAUAAUGCAGUCCUGGGCUUUGCUCACCAUUGUGGCCAUGUUGUCAGCUGCUGGCCGUAUGCAGGCGUAUCCACUGUUCUCAGGAAGCAAUCACAUACUGCAAGGAGUACCAGCAGAUGUGUUCCAGACAUUGGGAGAAAGUAAUGAAGGUGAUCUGAGAGACAGAAGUCUUGGCGAUGAAGAAACAAGGCAGUUCAAAAGCCUGUAUCCCUUGCUACAAAGUCAGGAUGAUGAUGAUGAUGUUCAGGACAGCCUGCGGACCACAUGGAUCAAAGGUAACAAGGAUUCUGUACAGCAGGAAAAAAUGAACAACAUGGUUGAUGAUAUCAAAAAUGCUGUUCUAAAACUUGCUGCAGCAGAAAAGUUGCGCAGUCAUGGCUUUGUGAAGUCAGAGCAGAAUACACCGAAAGCUACCAAAAGAGCUUGCUUUUGGAAAUAUUGUGUGACCAAUUGAAUUAUUCAUCUCCACUGGUCUUUGUGUCCGUUCAUCACCAGUCAAUGCCCUCCAUGAGUUUUCACACCAGGACUCCUUUCCACCUGCUGCAAACUUCUGAAUUAAAGAAAAGUGUCAAAAUGUUAACAAGGCAAUGUGUAAAUACAAUUUUGUACAGCAAACUAAAAUUAUUCAAUAAACUAUUUAUUUUAUAAUUUGACAAACCAUGUUGUAGGAAAUACUGUAAAUAAAUGGGUGAAAAAGAUUGUUAAACGGGUCGGACACGGGUUCAAAGGUACAGGUACCAGCCUGGCAAUCCUCUUUUAAUAAUGUAAAUAAAACAAAGCAAA